AUGGAAAAGAAAAAUUUGCAAUCGACUAUAGAUGAAGAGGAUGAAAUUAUAGCUCAAGGCAAGUUUAUGCGAGUUGAAGAAGGAAAGAUUGCAAAGGGUACAGAAACAUUGAGUUAUGACAUGCAAAAUAACCCUUGUAAUCCAUCAACGAAUCGAACAAAUACUGGAAGAACUUUUACUUUAAAACAGAUUCGAGAACUUCAGGCAGGUAAAUACGGAUAUCCGUCCAUCGACAAAACACCUUCUCCAGUUCAUACGAAAGCUGAAGAGCCAGGACUUGGAUUGACACCAAUGAACAGUCGAGAUUUUAGCAACAAAAUCGCAAGUCGAUACAAAUCAUAG